AAAGACGCGACUUUAGAGUCACUCUAAAGUUUAAGAGGGGCGCUGAAUACGUUCCUUGGUCUUCUGUAUGUGUACGUGCAAAAAGAUCAAUGAGUUCCUGAUCCUGCUCCUUCCUAGACUAGAUAUUAAUAUUAACCAAGCGCUUCUUUAGCACGUUCACAUCAUAUCAUUUUGAUCCAAAAUCCUAAGAGGUCGUAACUAUUGUUGUUAAUAAAGUAGAAGAAAAAAAUUGAUUUGUCAAUGUCAAUGUUAACUGUCAAGAGUGUCAAUCAGCUGAGUUUUAAAAUUAAUAUAAGUAAUAAAUAAUGAAUUCUUUAACGUUAAAUUCUCAAAAUAUUGCGAACUGCUGCAGAGCAUGUUUGAGUUUUAACGAAGUACAACCUUUAUGCCGCCCCCAGAUUCAAUUGAUUUAUGAAAAAAUUACGGAUCUGAAGCUGAAUAUUGGUGAAAAACUGUCUCAAAAUAUGUGUUUAAAAUGUUGCAAUAUGUUAGAGAAUAUAUCACAAUUUGCUGAAACUUGUAAAGUAAGCGAUAAGUAUUUAAAGUCAUUAACAGAAGAGACUAAUAAAGACAUUGAUAGCGAUAGUACAUUUAGUGAAAUUAAAUCUGAAGAGCAAAACAAUUUAAAAAUUGCAACAAGUAGUGCAUUAAAUACAGUUAAUUCCUGUGAAAUAAGUAAUGAAAAUUUCAUUGAAAAGGAUACGCUAAAAUUGCACGAAGAAAUACUUAUGGAACGUAAACUAUUCGAAUGCGAUGACUGUCAUAAAAAAUUUAACCAAAAGUCUACAUUAUGCAGACAUUAUUUAACUCAUACAGGUAAGAUGCCAUUUGGUUGUAGUAUUUGCUGUAAAAAGGCCAAAAGAAAGCAACAAAUAGAAAAUCACAUACAAAAACAUCAUCCAGAUGUUUCCCCGAUGGAUUAUGACAAAGUUGUCACUAAGAGUGAUGUUAUGGCAACAGAUCAGCACACAAAUAAAGUCCUGUUAGAUAUAGAAUCUACAAGCAAUUUGAAAAUUAAUGAUUCUGAAUCAACUAUAAACGAUUUAAAAUCGGAUGAUAAAAAAAUUUCUUCUGUAAAGGAUGAGAAUAUCGAAUGUAAUACUAAAGUAGCGACUGAAGAUAAUACUGCAAUUAAAAAGAAAAGGAUAGAACUAUGCUUGUGCAGUUUAUGCGGAAAGCAGUUCAAAAGGCUGGAGUACCUCAGAAACCACAUGGCCACUCACAUGAAUGUUAAACCAUUUUCGUGCAGCACUUGCGGUGCAGGAUUUACACAGAGGCAAGCCUUAAACAGGCAUUAUUUAGUCCAUACUAAAGAAAAACCUCACAAGUGUACCCACUGCGACAAGACAUUUGCCCGCAAAGAGAAAUUGAACGAUCACAUUCGAUGUCACGAAGAAGGCGUACCGCCGCACUUGUGUUUCCACUGCGGCAGGCGAUUUAAGGACAGAGAGUACCUCCGGAAGCACUUGACUUAUUUUUUAAUGGGCGGAAAAAAUCGAUGGAAAUCAGAGGCAAAAAGCUUAUGUCCAGAAUGCGGCAAGGAAUUUCAUUCUGUAGCUUAUUUAAAAACUCACAUAAACGUAAUCCACGCUGGUAUUAAACCAUAUACAUGCGACAUAUGCGAUAAGUCGUUUACAGUUAGCGCGGGGUUAGAUUAUCACAUGAAAAUUCACAAAGGUCUCAAACCAUUUCAGUGCUCGCAUUCGGAUUGCAGUAAAACGUUUCGCACUAAUUACGCCAAGAAAGUACAUGAAAGGAUGCACGGUACUGAACGGGCAUUUAAAUGCGACGUGUGCAAUAAGGGAUUCGUACGAAGCAGCCAUCUUAAGAGACAUGUAAAACUUCACAGGGAAGAAUCCGGAUCGGUUGCAGUUAAUGCUUCAUUGUCGCUUCCAUACGGCGUAAACUUGGAUAUGGAUAGGUCCAUUGGAGAAAAGAUCCUCCGCGAAGCAAUUCACUUUGCUUUCGGGUAGGUACGGUAAUUUUUUCAAAGCAGCCGAAAGAUAAGUGAGAGCAUCAUGAAAAAGAACCGUUUCCGUCUGAAAGUGUAAGUAAAAUGUCGACGAAAUUCGAUAAAAACGUAAAAAUUUUUACUUUGAUCAUGUUUGGUUUGAGAUCGAGGGCUGUUCUGUAAAAUUCAAAUGCGGUUAAGCUCCAUUUACGAAGGGCACUCGACAAUUCCUCGGAUUUGGGAUCAAAUAUUCUUAUAAUUGUAAUAUUUGCAGUUAUAUUUAAUGACGAAUAAUCCACGGUGUGUGCAUCCUAAAAUGUGAAAGUGAAAUACAUAAAUUAUUCUUUCUAGUUAUUUUACUACUCACCAAUGAUGUGAGGAAAUAAUUAAAUCCUAUAUCUAACAUAUCCAAACUCUUGGCUUGCGAUAAAAUUGGUAGAAUAUUUUCCGUUUUACAAUCUAUUAUGAUAUUAUUUUCAGUAGUGUUUCUGUAUUUCUUAAAAAUUGGUCUAAAAGUUUUUAGUGAAGAUAAGGAAUUAUUUGAUUUAAAUUAAAAGUUUACCUAUAAUCCGGUCCAUUCGUCAAAUGUUGUACUCUAAUAAAAUCUUGUGAAUCAGUGUUUUUCACAUUUUGCAACUUCAAAACCUCCUGUAACUUAACCAGACCUUCUUCCUCUUCAUAAAAUAUUAAUAUGCCCAUCCACUUUAAACUCUUUAUGAUGUCAGCUAUACCU